AAGUCACGUGCAAUCGCCUUAGCCUUUCCAGCGUUCGUGUCGCAUGUUGUCUUAAGUCGGCCGUCGGUUAUUUGUGGAGAUCUUGCCCCUCUCAGGCGUUGGAUAAUAUAGCAGGUCUGUGGAUAGUAUGCAGUAAAGAAAUCUGAUGAGAUGCAGUUGCUUGCGAUUUGUCUUCUGUGUGUAACCGGGGCUUCAGCUGUCAUCAGGCUUGGGGAAACCAAUGUGUGCGAGAGGCCUGAAACUUACGUCACAAUUGAGGUCCAGAAGAGCGAUGUUCCCGUCCGUGUCUGCACCCACACCUGGUGCUUCGCCUUCCUCCCCAGAUGCGAAGUCUGCCACACGGAAAUAUCAGUGAAGUACAAACGCGUGUCUGUGCAGAAAAUCAGAAACGUUCCUGUAUGUUGCAAAGGCUACAAAGAGAAAGACAACUCCUGCGCUCCUGUUUGUCAACAAGGUUGUGACAACGGACGCUGUAUUGCCAUCAACAUCUGCCACUGCGAUUCCGGAUGGAGAGGAACCAGCUGUUCUUCAAAUUGUGCUGUUGGAAGCUGGGGCGAGAACUGCAACUUGGUGUGUGACUGUAGCGGUCAAGGCACGUGCGACCCUAGAACAGGCAUCUGCACAUGCGCACCAGGAUGGGUAGGGGAGCAUUGUCAGACGAAGUGCGCCCAGGGAACCUACGGGCGGAACUGCCAAAUGCACUGCGCAUGUCACAAUGGCGCCACCUGUGAUCACGUGAAUGGUGCGUGUCACUGCCCGCCAGGCUUCACCGGAAACUUGUGCCACCUGUCAUGUCCGCCUGGUACCCAUGGCGACGACUGCCAACAAGAGUGCGACUGUCAGAACGGAGCCAGUUGCAGCAACAUCGACGGCAGUUGUCAAUGUACGGCUGGGUGGACGGGGACCAAGUGCAACAUUCCUUGUGGUCAUCUGAAGUACGGACCGGACUGCGCCGGACACUGUGACUGCUACAACAACGCCACGUGCGACAGCGUGAGCGGUGCGUGUAAAUGCGGGGACGGCUAUGUGGGACAAAGGUGUGACAGCCAGUGUGUGCCGGGACUUUACGGCGCCAACUGUUCCUCUGUCUGCAACUGUCUCCACGGCGCUGGGUGCUCCCCCUUCACGGGGGCCUGCAUCUGCCCCCCAGGCUAUACCGGGGAAAGGUGUGAGAGGAGAGCAUGCAGUUCCAAUCGCUUCGGCCAGUCUUGUCAAGGUGUCUGCACGUGCGAACCUGCGAAUACUCGCGAAUGUCAUGCGAGUACUGGAACAUGCGACUGUAAGCCGGGGUGGACUGGUAGUAACUGCACCAACCCAUGUCCCCUCUUGUACUACGGCGAGCGAUGCUCCCAACGAUGCGCAUGCGCAAACAACGCUGGCUGUGACAGAGUUACCGGUGUUUGUCAAUGUCCGUCGGGAUUUAAAGGUUCAAGGUGUGACAUCCCCUGUGAGGAAGGGAAGUGGGGCUACAACUGUCUACUGCAGUGCUCAUGUAUCAACGCUAAGACCUGCCUCGCUCAUAGCGGGCAGUGUAUAUGUACCAGAGGUUGGACAGGAAUCAUAUGCCAAGAUCGUUGCCCGAUUAACAAGUUCGGCGAAAACUGCAGCCAAACAUGCACGUGCCAGAACGGCGCUGAGUGCAACCCAAGCAACGGCACGUGCAUUUGUUCACGUGGUUACCAUGGUAACAAGUGUGAGCUUGAAUGCCAGAGCGGUACAUAUGGAUUCGGAUGUCGCCAGUCGUGUAGCUGCAAUCUCGUUAACACAGCGUCGUGUGACCCCAUCACUGGCUCAUGUGACUGUAAGGACGGAUGGAGAGGGGUCAAGUGCGAUACCCAGUGCCCCGAGAACAAAUGGGGCCCAGGCUGUACCCAGGCAUGUCAAUGUAUCAACGGAGGCACGUGCAAAGCCAAUGGCGACUGUGAUUGCCCAGCGGGUUACACGGGAACAACGUGCUCAGAAAUCUGUCCAAGUGGAACCUAUGGACCUAACUGUGUGUCUCAGUGCAGCUGUACGGUGACCAGGCGAUCGUGUGACCCAAUCACUGGACAAUGUCCGUGUGAACCAGGAUACAGGGGCUACCGUUGUGAAGAAGUCUGCCCGGUCGGAACUUAUGGGGAAAAAUGCAGAGGGCGCUGUCAACCGUGCGGCUUUGGUACGUGCAAUCACGUUGACGGCGCGUGCGACUGUUACCCAGGUUACAACGGCUCAACCUGCGAAAACAAAUGUUCCGCAGGUCUGUAUGGCGACAACUGUGCCUUUAGAUGUAACUGUUUGAACGGAGCCGAGUGCCGAAGCACUGAUGGCAGGUGCGACUGCAAGGCGGGUUUUACCGGUCGGAACUGCGGACAAGCCUGUACCGAUGGGUAUUAUGGCCGCAACUGCCAACUCAACUGCACCUGUAAUGCUAGGCAAAUCUGUGAUAGGUUCACAGGAUGUACAGCGGGUCCCCAAGAAGCACCUCUUAAUAACAACGAUAACAAGGACACCAACAGUGACGGCAACGGACAGGGCAAGGUCAAGGCCCCUGUGCCGUCGACGUCGACGCCUACAGACAACGCUGGCAUGAACCCCCUUGUGUUGGCUAUCAUCGGUGUCGCUGUUGCUCUGGUCAUCGUGGUCAUUCUGCUGGUGUUGUUCUUCACGAGGAGGAUGCGGAAGUUGAAGCGUGACACAAUGACUGCCAUCUACGACAACGGUCCAACAGUCAACAGCGGACCCGUGAUUGGCAUCGAUAACCCGAUGUACGCAGACACUUUCUCCCCUGCAUCGUCCAUACAACCAAACAUUCCGCCAAACAUCCAGCCAAACAUCCAACCACAGCCAAGGCUACAAACUCGGAUCAACAACCUCGGAGCCGGUGCCAGCGUCUCCAACGACUUCGCUGUCAAAUCCGUCAACCUCAACGGCCCGACAACGCCCAAACUUCCGGUUGCUGAGGACUACGACUCGGAUACAGAUUCGAUUGACCGGAUAAAGUUGUCGAACGCAGAGGUCGCAGAAAUCUGUUUACCCGGAUUUUACAGGUAGUUAGAUAAUAUUCUUUUGCAUGGGCGUCGGUCUCAUCUUUCAAUAUUCUUACUAACCUUUUGGUUUCAGAUAAUAUACAUGUAGCAUACAUGUACUAAGAUCAAGGGAUCAUACACUUUGGGUUCAUGUACUAAGAUGGCACACAUCUUUCGUUAUAUUUCGUAGUGCUCUUAGUUUGUGUGGUUUUAGAAAUGUGUAUUUUUGCUUACAGGGAUUGUUCUUUAAGCCGGUGUUGCGCUUUUCAGUAUUUUACUAAUCAAGGUCAAAGUUGGUGUUUGUUUAUAACUGAACUUUAACUAUUGGAUAGUCUGACCCAUAGUGCCUAGGAUCUGAUUCACAGCAGCGCA